GAGGAGCAGAAGGCCCCCACAGGCUGGGAGUCCGUGCUCGCCCGGCUGUUGGGCUACCCACUGAGUAUGCGGCACUUUGUGUCAGGAGAGGCGGGCAGGCUGGCCUUCGAGGGGGUCGUUCAGGGGCCCGGCCAGUGGGGCCUGGCCCUCGGCGAGCUGACCGCCCGGGGCCCCGCGCCGUUGCUGGUGCUGCAGCGGCUCGGCGGGGGCGAGGCCACGUACGCCCUGAACUACGACUCCGGCUGGGCAGGGCUCAAGCCAGAGCUCGCGCCAGGCAUCAAAUCGAUCAGGCUGUCGGCCGCCGGCGUGCUGGAGCCGGCGCGGGCGGCCGAGGCGGACUGGAGCCUGCGCGUCAGCGGCGGGGAGGGCACCCACCUCUCCGCGGCGACGGACCCCGCGGCGGGGCGAGGUUCGUCCUGGAGCGAAGGACGACGGCGAGCUGGUGUACGAGGGCUCCUUCGCCCUCGAGCGACCCAUCGCGGAGGGCCUCAGCGUGCUCUACGCCGUGGACGCGAAGCGGCGCGCCGACGGCGGGAGCCUCGCGCCGGGCUGGGUGCGGCAGGGCCUGGGCCUGCGGGCGGCGACCAGGCUCGGGAGCGUGAAGUUGAACGCAUUCCAGAGCCCAGAUGCGCCGACCGGCAAGAACGUGGUGGCCGUUUACUCCGGGGACCUGGCCAGAAUCGCACUCCGCGAGGUGCCAGGCUCGCCGUCCUUCUCCUUCGGGGUCGGGCCGAACCCCGACUCGGAGGACCUCAUGUGCGUGGGGAGCCUGAAGGUCGCGGGCCCCGCGGGCGUGGCGGGCAACCUCCACCUGAGGGCGAGGAAGGACGCCGAGGCGGACUCGCGCUGGAUCGUGGACCGCCGCCUCCACCUCUCCCGGAGCCUGCAGGUUCGCGAGGGCCUGUCGCUGAGCGCUGCCGCGCAGGUCCUGGGCGCGCCCGAGGCGGCAGUGCCCUUGGAGAUCAAGGUUGGCGCGGACCUCUCGGCGCUGGCCGGGAGGCUGCUGAACGAGGGGUCGGAGCUCGCCGUGGUGGCGAGGUGCACGCUGCGCGGGGAGGAGAGGCCCGCCGCCUCCGCGCGGCUCGCCCUCGACGCCAAGCCGGUGGGCCCCCUGAAGGUGAGCGCGGCUGGGCGACUGUCCGAGGGCGGGGUCGCCGGCAAGCUCCGUGCCACCGCCAACGUGGCGGACGUGGCAACCAGCUACACUGUCAGCAAGCUGCCGGGCAAGGCG